AGAAUUUAUGAAGACAAAGUUAGGCUGACGAGUUUAUUGGACUAUCACUCAACCUCCGCCACGGCGCUUUCCCCUUGUCUUCUCCGCCGCCCUUUCUCUCUCUUAGUUCCCCGCUCCACCAUAUCUGCCGCUACUGUGAUUAUCUUUUCCGCCACUGCCUCAUCCUCCCGCCGGCACUCGGUAAAUUUUUCUUCCCCUCGGGAGGCAUUUUGCCUGUUGGAAGAGAGAUUGGUCAAAAAAGUUCCUCCCCCUCCCUCACGAAAAGUCGAACCAGGUGAAAAAUUCCCUUCCCUCCCCGAACCAAACAAGCUAUAAAUGAAACAUAUUUUUAGGUAAGUAUGUCAAACUGAUUUAUUCCUUUGGCCUUGAUAUUCUGAUGCGGAGGAGAGUAUGUUUUCAACAAGUGUGCGGAGUGUGGAGAUUGGCAUGAAUAGGAGCUUCUUGCAGCUUGUGAAAAGGUCAAUAUCAGUUUCCAGCAGAGAUUCUGUGAGAGGUUUGGCUUCCAACGAUGGGGAGCUUAGAGUCUUUAUCGUUGCAGGGGAGGUUUCUGGUGAUAUUAUUGCCUCGCGUUUUAUGAACUCUUUGAAUAAGCUUUCUCCUUUUCCUGUUCGCUUUGCAGGUGUGGGAGGGUUAAAUAUGUCACGACACGGAUUAAAUUCUUUGUUUCCUAUGGAAGAUAUUGCAGUAAUGGGGAUCUGGGAGUUGUUACCACACCUUAGUACGUUCAGGGUCAAAUUGCAAGAGACAGUUGAGGCAGCUCUUGGUUUCCAUCCACAUGUUGUUCUAACAGUGGACUCGAAAGGUUUUGCUUUUCGCUUUCUGAAACAAUUGCGAGAACGACAUGGUCUGCAGAGACUAGCUUGUCCGCAACAUUUUCACUACGUAGCUCCGUCUUUCUGGGCAUGGAGAGGAGGGGAAUCAAGACUUCAAAGGCUCUCAGAGUUUGUGGAUCAUGUUUUCUGUAUCCUACCAUUUGAGGCUGAAGUCUGUCGUUCAAAGGGAUUGGAUGCAACAUUUGUCGGCCAUCCAACAUUGGAAGAUGCCUUGGAGCUAAAGAGUGAGAAAUAUGUGGACGGGGAAUUGAGAGUUCAAGGUGAUGGGAAGAAAUUUCGGAGGACUUAUGGGAUAUCACCAGAAUCAACUAUCAUAUCUGUGCUUCCUGGAAGCCGAUUGCAAGAGGUCACCCGCAUGUUCCCUAUAUUCUCACAAACUAUGGUGCUGCUCAAACAUACCUUCUCUAAGUUGACAGCCGUUAUCCAUGUGGCACCUAACAAGCAUGUAGAAGAAUACAUCAGUAGUGCAGUUCGUCAGUGGCCUGUACCAGCCAUAUUGGUUCCAGGUGGAUCGCCAUGCAUGAAGUACGAUUCUUUCAGUGCUAGUAGAGUAGCAUUGUGCGCGUCAGGGACUGUUGCAGUGGAGCUGCAGCUUGCUCGGUUACCUUGUGUUGUUGCGUAUCGAGCCCAUAUCCUAACUGAAUGGUUCAUUCGUUAUAAAGCUAAAAUACCUUAUAUCUCACUUCCCAAUAUCAUCUUGGAUUUGCCCAUAAUCCCUGAAGCUCUUCUUGGAGCAUGCACUCCUUCACGAUUAGCAUUACUUCUCGUGGAGUUGAUGCAUGACGAGAGCCUUCGCCAUAAACAGCUUUCUACGGCCGAAAAGUUUCUAAAUUUGCUUCAUCCUCAGAGAAGAUUAAGUGACAACUUGAACCAGAGUGAAUCUAUACUUGCUCUCCAUACACCAAGCAUGAUAGCUGCAUCGGCAGUAUUAAACUUUUGAAGAAUUUGAACACUCAUUGCUCCCAUUUUUUCUAUAUUUUUUUUUUUUAAUUUCAAAAGUAGAUUUGCAUUGGAGUUGAUUUUCAAAAGUAGAUUUGCUCGAUUUUAUUUAGAAACUCAAAGAACAUUAUUGCUUUUCUAUACUCCCUCGAUUUUUUUUUAGUGUCAUUUGGUUUUAUCAACUAUUAACCAAAUAAAUGACGUUUUGGAUCUUUUGUAUAUAUUUUUCCAUUAGUACUCUCAUUUAGCUAAUAAAUACACUACGCUUUUUCAUAUUUACUCUUCAUUUUUUUCCCAAUACAUUCAUCUCUAUUUUCAUUAAAGAGGGUUAUUAUUGGCAAUUUUUAAUUACUGUGCAACUUCUCAAAACGAUAUAUAGAAUGAACUGGAGAGAGUA